AUGAGCCAGGUUCAAAUACCCGAUUAUGGCGCGAGUCCGUUUCGCGACUGGCUGCGAACGCCGGUUGUGUCGUCGUUUAUUGCCGGCGGCUGUGCAGGAGCCGUGUCGCGGACCGUUGUGUCGCCGUUUGAGCGGAUGAAGAUCAUUUUCCAGGUGCAGAAUGCAAACGCCAAAUCCUACGACGGCAUGUGGGCGACUUUGAUGAAAAUGUGGCGAGAGGAAGGAUGGCGUGGGUUCAUGAGAGGCAACGGGAUCAACUGCGUGCGUAUUGUCCCCUAUUCUGCCGUGCAGUUCUGCACUUACACGCUGCUCAAGCAGGGGAUCUCCCAGGACGCCCGCGAGCUCACGGCCAGCGAGCGCUUGCUGGCUGGUGCACUCGCCGGCAUUGCCUCCGUGUGUGCUACGUACCCGAUGGACAUUGUGCGCACGCGACUAAGCAUCCAAACUGCGUCUAUUGGGUCGCUACAGAAAGAAAACCUCGCCAAGCCCCCCGGCAUGUGGGCGACCAUGGCCCAGAUGUACAAAACAGAAGGUGGCAUGGUCGCUCUUUGGCGGGGUCUGAUUCCAACAACCCUGGGAGUGGCUCCGUACGUGGGAAUUAACUUUGCAUGCUACGAGUAUCUUCGAGACCGGCUCGCAGUCGAUAACAGUAAACUCUCGUCGUACUCGACGCUGACUGCCGGAGCAGUUUCCGGUGCAAUUGCCCAAACGUUUACCUAUCCUUUUGAUGUGCUCCGUCGUCGUUUCCAGGUCGAAAGCAUGAACCACGGCAGACUCGGCUACCAGUACAACUCGACGUGGGGGGCUCUGAAAACUAUUGUCGCCAACGAAGGGUUUGUGGGGCUGUAUCGUGGCUUGGGGCCCAACCUGCUCAAAGUGGUCCCGGCAAUGGCGUCCUCGUUCUGGACUUUCGAGUCCGUCAGGCGGCUGCUGGCAUAG